CGCAGAACCGAGGUUAGUGUCGGGCGGCCGUCGCGAGCGCGUGAAGGAGUCUGUUCCUUGUUGCGCGCAGGUAGUCAGCAGCGGCUGCAGGCGCAGUAGGGGCCGUGUGAGGGAACCAUGAAGCACUAUGAGGUGGAGAUUUUGGACGCAAAGACGCGGGAGAAGCUUUGCUUCCUGGACAAGGUGGAACCCCAUGCCACCAUUGCCGAGAUCAAGAACCUUUUCACCAAGACCCAUCCACAGUGGUACCCUGCCCGCCAGUCCCUCCGCUUGGACCCCAAGGGCAAGUCCCUGAAGGAUGAGGAUGUUCUACAAAAGCUGCCCGUGGGCACCACGGCCACACUCUACUUCCGGGACCUAGGGGCCCAGAUCAGCUGGGUGACGGUCUUCCUGACCGAGUACGCAGGGCCCCUCUUCAUCUACCUGCUCUUCUACUUCCGGGUGCCCUUCAUCUAUGGCCACAAAUACGACUUCACGUCCAGCCGGCACACAGUGGUGCAUCUCGCCUGCAUCUGCCACUCAUUCCACUACGUCAAGCGUCUGCUGGAGACGCUCUUCGUGCACCGCUUCUCCCACGGCACCAUGCCCUUGCGCAACAUCUUCAAGAACUGCACCUACUACUGGGGCUUCGCUGCCUGGAUGGCCUAUUACAUCAACCACCCUCUCUACACACCCCCCACCUACGGAGCUCAGCAGGUGAAAUUGGCGCUCGCCAUCUUCGUGAUCUGCCAGCUUGGCAACUUCUCCAUCCACAUGGCUCUGCGGGACCUGCGGCCGGCUGGGUCCAAAACCAGGAAGAUCCCCUACCCUACCAAGAACCCCUUCACCUGGCUCUUCCUGCUGGUGUCCUGUCCCAACUAUACCUACGAGGUGGGGUCCUGGAUUGGCUUUGCCAUCAUGACACAGUGUCUCCCAGUGGCCCUCUUCUCCCUGGUGGGCUUCACUCAGAUGACCAUCUGGGCCAAGGGCAAGCACCGCAGCUACCUGAAGGAGUUCCGAGACUACCCGCCCCUGCGCAUGCCCAUCAUCCCCUUCCUGCUCUGAGCUGCUCCUGCCUCCUGGGCUCUCAUCCCUCUGCUCUGAGGUCAUUCUGGGGGAGGAGUGGGGACUGUGCUCUCCAGCACUUGGAAUAAAACCUGCCUCUCCCUGACAAA